CGUCACACAGAGACCGGAAGCACUAAAGAGAACUGCCGGAAAUUCCUUUUGUUGACCAUCGGAUUUUUCUUUUCAAGCUCUUUUUUUACAACUACUCGUUAGCUGUUUUGUCGAUUUAUGAGCUGUUUUUUGAGUAUUCGCGUGGAACACACAUACAUUUCCCAUUUACCAAACUGGAAUAUUUCUUGUAGUAGUUGAAUCACGCUCUUAUUUGAGUCCGCCCGAGCUAGGGCUAACGUUAGCCUUGCAUUUACCGGAGCUUCGCUAGCCAGCUUUAGCUUGUCACUUUAGCUGUCAUAAAAGUCAGCUGUUAAGACGCUUAACUUAUUAAUAAGAAAAGUCAAAAUAAACACCCAGGGAACAUGGCAGUAGUCAACGAAAGUAACCUGAAGAAAAUGCUAAAGCAAUACAAAUACAGAGAUCUCACUGUUCGUGAAAUAACCAAUGUGAUCUCCCAGUACAAGGAUUUGAAGCCACUCAUGGAUGCUUAUGUAUUUAAUGAUGGCUCCACAAGAGAUCUGAUGAGCUUGACAGGAACUGUUCCUGUGAGCUACAGAGGUAAUGUGUACAACAUCCCAGUGUGUUUGUGGCUCUUGGACACGUAUCCCUACAACCCACCUAUAUGUUUUGUGAAACCUACCAGUGCUAUGAUGAUCAAAACUGGCAAGCACAUAGAUGCUAAUGGAAAGAUUUACCUGCCAUAUCUACACGAAUGGAAACAUCCUCAAUCAGACCUGUAUGGUCUGAUUCAGGUGAUGAUUGUGGUGUUCGGGGAGGAGCCCCCUGUGUUUUCUCGUCCAACCACACAAGCCCCUUACCAAGCCUUUCAAGCAGCUGGACCCCCAAAUUCUUCCUACAUGCCUGGCAUGCCUGCAGUAUCACCGUAUGGCCCAAAUCCUAACUCUGGAGGCUACCCAAGUUAUCAGUACCCAGGGGGUAACUCUUACCCAGCCACUGCUGGACCUGCACACUACCCCACCCAGACUCCAGUUUCCACAGUGGGCCCAAACAGAGAUGGCACCAUUGGCGAGGACACCAUCCGGGCAUCUCUAAUUUCUGCAGUGAGCGACAAGCUUCGCUGGAGGAUGAAGGAGGAGAUGGACAGAGCUCAGGCAGAGUUGGAUGCCCUGAAGCGAACAGAAGAGGACCUGAAGAAAGGACAUCAGAAACUGGAAGAGAUGAUCUCAAGACUGGACCAGGAAGUGACUGAAGUUGACAGGAACAUCGAUCUGCUGAAGAGAAAAGACGAGGAGCUGAGCGAGGCCUUGGAGAAGAUGGAAAACCAGUCGGAGAAUAAUGACAUCGAUGACGUCAUUGUGCCCACAGCUCCAUUGUACAAACAGAUCCUGAACCUGUACGCUGAAGAGAAUGCGAUUGAAGACACAAUCUUCUACCUGGGCGAAGCCCUCCGCAGGGGUGUCAUAGACCUGGAAGUUUUUCUCAAGCACGUACGUCUUCUGUCCAGGAAGCAGUUCCAGCUUCGUGCUCUUAUGCAAAAAGCCCGCAAGACUGCCGGGCUUAGUGACCUCUACUGACCCACGCUUACUACCUAGAAACAGUCAUAUCUUCAUGCUCUCUUACUCUCUUCUAUCAUCUUGUAUAUCAAACAGCUGCUCUAUUUUAUAGUCUUAUAUUAAAUUUAUUCUGAUAGAAAUUUGAACAGCACCAACAAAGAAAAAUUACAUAUUUGAAUGGUAAAUUGCAGCCAUAGUUGUAGCUAGACAGUUUAGACUUUAAACUAACCAAACACUCCUUUGAGGUCAUUGUUUAAGGACAUGACCUAAACAUGAGAGGGUUAUUUUUGUGACCAAAAAUUAAAAGCAAAAAACACUGUCAUGACAUUAAAUUUGGGUUAAAACUAAAGCUUACAGGUUCUGUUGGCAAUUUCUUUGCCAUAACACAUCAUUUGGCUAGUAAGUACAGAUGGUAGGGGCUAAAAGUGAAGAGCUUUGUAGAGAGCCCAAAUGAUCACUCCCUUUUGUAUUGAAAAGAUGUGUCUGUAAAGACACAGGACUACUUUUCAGGAAGGGAAGGGUUCAUCCUCAGGAUUUCUGUUCAUGUUUCAGUAGCCAUGAAGUUAUAUCCAUUAACCUGAACCGAUUUGUUUGGGUCAGACAUUCAGCUUUAAUUUGAGCUCUUAUCCUACUUGCACACACUACUAUUACUGCAUAAUUUUCCAUUUUUGUGUCUCCUUGUGUGUAUGUGUGUGAGGUUCUUUUAGUGUGUGUCGGCUGCUUGUUAUACCCUCUGACUGCAUUAGCCAGUCAGUCAUGUACAUCUUUUGUUCCACUCUGUAGAAUGUCUCUAAAUAACGUAGAUGGCAGGCUUGGCGUACAUUACUGGACCGUAAAGGAAUUUCUGCAUUGUAUUUGAUUUUUCUUUUUUCCCAUACUGUCCAUUCUCAUUCUCAGUCCUGCUGAGAAGGUUAAAGUAACCGUAAGUUAAAAAUUUGUGAAUAAAACUGGGUGUUAAGAGGUACAAAAAUAAACAAAUGUACUAAUCAAAACUUUAACUUAUGUAAAGUUUUUUUUUUUUCUUGAAUUUAGCCUUUUACUAAAUGCACUUUGAAUUGUAUUAUAGAUUUUUUGUUUUUUCUUAGUUCAGCCAUAGGCAACUUGCUCUUUUAUGUAAAGAUUUAUGUAAAUCAGUACAAAUAAAUUGAUUUAAUAGG